AAAGGCUGCCAGACGUUCAAACUAUCGGUAAUUUUGUUCUGGGAUGUGGCAACAUCGCAGCAAACGCAUUCGCUAUAAAUUAUUUUGGUAUAAUAAAUAAAAUAAAAUAGAUUUUAAUAGAUUUGUGCAUUUAAAUUAAUACGUUUGCUAAGUUCUAAACAACAGAGAGUCUUAGGUGAGUUCUAUGCAACAGCAUAAAGUGAAUGAAAGGUGAAAUUUGAUGCGCAUUUCGACACCUUUGUCAACGCUUAUUUGCGCAAAAUAAUAAGUUGAGUUGUUGUUGGUCGCCAGCACAAACACACAGAAGUUGGCUCGCUUGGCGCAGGCAGUGAUAGAGGCCGAGACAGUGGGAAUACGCAUACAACAAGAACAACCAGAGAAUUAAUAAUAACAAUAACAACAGCAACAUCAACAAUAUUAACAGCGGUUGAUCAUAGGAAAUGGCUAAUACAAAUAUGAUUAGCAGUAAUCACAACAGUAACAGUAACACCAGCAGCAGCAGCACCGCCUACACCUACAACAAUUACAACAGUGUUAGUGCGGACAGCGGCAACAGUAGCGGAAGCAACGGCGGCAGCAGCGGCGGCGCUGUCGGCAGCGAGGUGCAAACGUUGCGCGAAGUCUGUAAUAUGCUCAAUACAGGCGCCACAAGCAAUUAUAUGAUACCAACAGGUGGUUGUCCAUACGAUCACAUUAUCACGAUGAUGCGUGGCCUCAACCUGCAGGACGAUGGCAUUUUAUUGAACAACAAAAUAAAGGCGAUCGAAACCGAUUUCUGCAACAUUGUGCGCGACGAAUCGAUGCUAUGCGAAUCAAUGGAUUACAUGAACAGCAAAGCUUUAAGUGACGCUGAGACGGCCCUAAAAUUCGCCCUAUUGUUCUCGUCGCGCAAUUUUGACGCCCUGGCAAUGAAGGAGACAAAAGUGCGCAGCGCCAUGCUUAAAAUCCUAGAGACGAACUAUAUCAAUGCAGAUGCGUAUCGUCAGCACGACAAGAAUCGAUUGUACAAUUCGAUAACGCUACUGGGCGAGUAUUAUCAUCGUGUGAGGCUGGCGGAUAAUGCGCCGAUUACCAUAUUGGGUGAUUCCCUGCUCAAUUUGCUAACGCGCGAGAUUAACGACGUCUCGGUGGUGAUGACUACUCGCCUGGCACGUCUGGUUCUGUCACAGAUAACGCUCAACGGCGAAAUAAUGAGAUCGCGUCACAAGGCCGAUAUCGAUCAGCUGCUGUAUCAUGUUAGGCGGCAUCUGAUCAUGCAACCAGCGCUGACAGCCAAAGUAAAAGCAAUGCUUUUAAUGGUGCUCGACUUGUUCUACAGCCAUUUCAAGCAUGUGGGCCACGAGCUGGAGGCCAUGUACACAGACUAUCUGGUUGUCGAUGACGACGAGGAUGAUAGCGUUAAUAACAACAAUAACAGUAGUAGUGAUGAGGUGCAACCACAGGCGGACAACUACGGCAGUGAGGAGGAGAACAACGGCAGCAGUGCCAAUAAUUCGGCACAAGAAGUGCCCAAGAAAUGGAGCGAGCAGGUCUGUGAGGAUUCCCUGUGUGACAUUGGAUACGGCGAUGCGGGUGGCAAUGUCGAGGAGCAGCAACAGUAUGGCAGUGAAAGCACUGGCAUUGCAUAUCAGAGCUAUGACUCGUCCAAUGCUGGACGUCCAGCCAGACGGGGAUAUCAGCCACGCCAUGCGCCGCGUCCUCUAAAGCCCUCCCACGCACAGGCUCCGCAUGCCGACAGCAUCAGCUCCGAUCAAUAUCCAUCCAUGGCGAGCAGCGAGGAUCGCGACGAGACUAAACCAUUGCCCAGCUGGCGCAAGACUCGCUUCAAUCGCACCAAUGAUGCGGAUCAGAAUGGACGAUCGCGCCAAGAUCAACAACAGCGUCGUUUCAGCAUCAGUUGUGAUGACGAUCAUCACAGUGUGCGCAGUGAAAGUGGCGGCAAUCUGCGUUUAUAUAGCAUACAUGAUCGCAGGAAGCAUUCGCAAGAGCGUUACGAACGCAAUCUUGGCGGUGGGGCCAAUUACAACAGCAUUGUUAACUCCAAUUGGGACCAGCGCGAUGAUCGCAGCGAACGCUCUUAUAUCAGCAACUAUGAGCGAGGAAACAACUACAAACGCGGCGGGCGUUAUAACAAUCACAAUCGCAACACGUACGACAAACCGCCACGCUUCCAGAAGCAGCAACAGCAGCAACAACAACAACAGCAGCAGCAGCAACAACAGCAACACAAGGAUCAACAGAAAAUACAUAGCGAAACCUGGCGACGUUCCAAUACAGCCAUAAACAAUGCAUAUCAGGAUGAGAAUUGUGCAUAUAACUCAAAUGGACCAGAGUCAAACAGUCGCAGCUCAUCACGUGCACGCACGCUACCACGUCCACCCAAAUCCCAAAUGGACGAGGGAGCCAGAAAGUCCAACUAUCGCUAUACGCAGAGUCCAACACGCGGUGGAGGAGGCGGUAGCGGUGGAGGCGGCAGUGGACCACGCAGCUUUCCACGUUACAGCAGCCAGAGCAGCCUGGCAAGUGAGGCGUCAAGCACAUUUGAUCGCCGUCAGCCACCGCCACAUCAAAAUCAACAUCAACACCAGCAUCCACAUCAACCGCAGCGUCAUCGCAACUUUACACGUCGCUCACAGCCGAAUAUACACCAGCCACAGGAUCAGCCAGAGGGACAACAGCAACCACGUCCUCAGAACACCAGUAACAACUGGCAUGAGGCUGGCAAGGAUGACAGUGAAUUAGUCCGGAAUGCACAGCAGACCACAAAGUACAUGAACUAUCUGUCGGCGAAGAAAUGAGAUAGAAUUGCCCGCUGCAAGAGAGUAAAAGAGCAACGUCACCGCAGCAGCUACAAAUGAAUGCAUGGAGUGAUUACAAUAAGCACGAGUAUAAUUUUGUAAAAUAAUUUAAAUGAUUUUAAAGUCUGCAACGAGAUUUUGUUUGUAACAUUUCUAAUUUACCUGCCCCCGCGUCCCGUAACAUUUUUUGCUCUACUCACUAAACAUUUGUAAUUGCAUAUUUUUGAUUUUUGUAUUUUUUUUUAUAUUGGAUUUUAAGCAUACUUUUCAAUUAUUAUUAUUAUUAGAUAAUAGUUGUGGCUUUCGUUUAAAUACGUUGUAUACUGUAUAAUCGUGUAGAGACUGUUUUGUAAUCUACAAUUGAGCUCAAAUGUUAAACUUAACUCGUGGCCAUUUGCAUCUAAUCUCCAAGUCCCGCCUCAAAUAAAUAGAACUAAACACAAAUAAAGCCAGGCUCAAGCAACACAACAAAACACAACAAAUACAAAAUAGUUUAAUCGGAAUGAACCAAUUGUAAAUAUCUAUUGUAAUCACGACGGAUCAAUCAACAUAUAUACACCCCCACAAACACACAACACACACAUACAUAUAUAUAUAUAUAUAGGUACAUAAAUAAUUAUACACCAAGCAUGUUUUAUACAUUUUCUGUUAGAAACUAAGUACAAAAGUCAUAAACAUGAAACAAAAAUCCUAUUUCUAUCAUAAUUGUAUGAAUAAAAUUUUGUUGUUUAAAUGUUACAUGCACUUUGCGCAAGUUGUAUUUUAGCUAAAUAUAUAUACAUAUAACUAAAUGUCAUGUUACAAAUCAGAUUCAAAAGAUUUAUUAAGAGAAAUAUACAUAUACACAUUUACAUGCAUACCUUAAAGAGAGAAGUUAUUAUAAAUAAUUGAAGAAAUAAAUACGCAUUGUUAAUGUGACAAUUUGUUGAAACAACAAAGAGUCCCGACAGAGAA